GUCUCAAAACAACAAGCCAGUUCUCGACGCCGAUCACCCGCUCCCUCUUGCGCAAAUCCAUCAGCCUCCAUGGGAGAACUUGAGAGGCUGCGAGAGCAGCUACGGGAGGAGCAACGCCUACGCGAAGAGGAGCAACGACGACGUGAAGCCGCCGAAGGCCGCGCCCUCAAGGAACAACACCAACGAGAAAAAGAACAACGCCGACGCGAAGAAGAGCAACGCCGACGCGAAGAAGAGCAACGCCGACGCGAAGAAGAGCAACGCCGACGCGAAGAAGAGCAACGCCGACGCGAAGAAGAGCAACGCCGACGCGAAGAAGAGCAACGCCGACGCGAAGAAGAGCAACGCCGACGCGAAGAAGCCGAGAAACUCGCAGACGCAUCGCGACCAUUGACACUCCAACCAUAUCUCGAGACAUGUCAUUCGCUCAGCCUUGCUAUCGAAAUAAUAACCGACCGUUCCUUGACGACACAAGGGGACACGACAAACCCGACUGGGCGAAUUUAUCCUCAACGAAUCAUCCCGUGGGCCACAUUCGCAAGGGAACAAGAACAUGUCUGGGAUGAGCUUUCCUUCAGUCCCUCCUUUUCUUCCCAAGCCGCCUUUCCAUCUCGACAUCAGUUGGACUAUGUGAGGUCCCUGCUUCGCCCGGUCAGCAGCGAGAUUGGACUCCGAAAUAGCGAGCGAGACGUUGUGGAAAAUGCCGUCCAGAAGCUGAUGGACGCGACGUACAACGACUCGUCGCUGAGGAGUCAUCUCGGCCUUGAUGGGACGGUGACUUUCGAAAGCCACACGAACCUCGGUAUUACCGACGACUCCCUCUCUGAAUCGAUGGAGCAAGUGUCGAUUGGUUCCAGACCGCCCAGCCGGUUGACUCGACGUCGACGCAAGGCACGGGGGAAGGGCAACCGAGCAGAUCAGUUCUGCAUAUACCGGGCCUCUGACGAACAAAAUAUCCCUGCCGUUGCGAUCGAGUACAAGGCGCCACAUAAGUUGAGACGCGACGAGAUCGUUACUGGGCUGGUCUCGGAGAUCCGGCCGGAUCGUGACGUGAUCAACCAGGAGGGCGAGGGAUAUGAAUUCGCAGCGAGGCGACUUGCUACUGCCGUCGUGACCCAGCUCUUCUCCUACAUGAUAGGCAAAGGGAUCCAGUAUGGGUACAUCGACACCGGGGAGGCAUAUGUUUUCCUCCGCAUCCCGGACGACCCUUCCUGUGUCUACUACUCCGUCUGCGUGCCAAGCCUAGACGUUCAAGAUGAUGACGAGACUCGGCUCCAUCGCACUGCUGUUGCGCAAGCCUUUGCCUUUGUGCUUCAGGCCAUCCGAUCGCCGCCACCCUGUCAAGCCUGGCAUGACGCUGCUGAGGAUCUCGAUACAUGGGCCGUGGAGUACGAGGACGUAUUGCGAAGCAUCCCGGAAACAGAUCGGAAGCCGCGACGCGAGACUACUUACAAGGCGCAACGGUGGAAAGGGUUUGUACGCUCUCCAAUCCGGACACGCUCCCGAUGCUUGCCACCUCAGGACGGGGCGCAGCAACCCAGUGGUGACGACAGCGACGAUGAUGACGACGAGAGCCCAAGCCCAACGCCAAACCCAGGCGUUAGUCACGGAGGUGCCUCGACCACCACAUCAACAGGCAUCGGAUCGAGCGAGAUGCAGGGGCACGAUGGAAACACAGCCUCGCAAGAGGGCACCAACGUGCGACCAAACAUACAAGAUCGACUGUACUGCACGCACGAGUGUCUCCGUGGGCUCGCGUUUGGUGACCCAAUGGACCAGAAAUGCCCCAACUUGGCGGAUCAUGGCAAUGCGCACAUCAACCGGCGCGAGUUUCUCCAACUGGCACGGGAUCAACUAGCAGUUGAUCGCGGAAAGGAUGCUGAUUGCGUGCCGCUCUACUUGUCUGGUUCACGUGGGUCACUCUUCAAAUUCUGCCUCUCGUCGCAUGGCUACACACUUGUGGCGAAAGGGGUAGAGGCAAUGGAUGCUGAGCAUCUACUCUACGAGAACAAGAUAUACAGUCAUCUCCGGGACCUUCAGGGGAAGUUCGUUCCGGUCUGCCUCGGUGUUGUUGACCUCAUCAAGCCCUAUUACUUCAACUGCGGCGUGUACGAAGACUUCAUGUUCCUCAGUUAUGGCGGGCGACCAGUGUUGAAAGGAUUGAGGGAAGUCAAUACAAAUGUCGUCAAGGAGAUUCUUACUGCACUCGGUCGAUUACAUCAGCAUGGAGUCCUCCACCGCGAUGCUGAGCCACGCAACGUGCUCUACGAUAAGCGCACUGGCAGAUGCAUGAUCGUGGAUUUGAUGCUGGCGGAACUGCAUGCCCGACAACCUCUCGGACCCAUCAACGUCAACAGACGAAAUCGGAAGAGGAAAUGGGGGCCAGGAAAGCAUGAGAAGGACGUUUUUGCUGCUGAGGCGCAGUCCUUGCGGGCGAGCCUGACACAAUAA